GCAGACAAGACACACAAGGAGGCGAGUAAGUAACUUAACUAAUCCUUCCUAGCCAAAGGAGGCUUUGUCUUCGUGUCGGAGCAGAAAAAUGGCGUCGUCGUACACGCUUUCCUUUAUCCCUGUGACGGUAUCGAAUUCGAAUCCUCGGAUCUUCGUCUCGAUUCCUCCUCCUUCUUCUCUGUUAGGAAAGAAGCUUGUUGUGACACAAACGUCGCGCCGCUGCUUCGUCUCCAAGAAGCACCGGUGCUUGACGUCGGCCAGCACGGUCUUUAGCGUCCCAACUGCGCAACCGGAGAAUGGUUCUUCUUCCGACAAGAUCCCAAAAUGGUCGGCGAGAGCUAUAAAGUCACUGGCGAUGGGGGAACUGGAGGCUAGGAAGCUCAAGUAUCCAACUACCGGGACUGAAGCCAUUCUCAUGGGUAUUUUGGUUGAAGGUACUAGCACAGCUGCUAAGUUCCUAAGGGGGAAUGGAAUCACGCUUUUCAAGGUUCGAGAUGAGAUUAUAAAGCUGCUAGGGAAAUCAGAUAUGUACUUCUUCAGCCCUGAACAUCCUCCUCUUACUGAACCUGCUCGCAAGGCCGUUGACUGGGCUAUUGAUGAGAAGAAAAAAUCUGGUGUGGAUGGGGAACUAACCACUGCCUACUUGCUUCUUGGGGUUUGGUCUCAAAAGGAUUCAGCAGGCCGCCAGAUCUUGGAGGCGCUUGGGUUCAACGAAGAUAAAGCCAAACAAGUUGCUGAAGCGAUGAAUGAAGAUGUAGAUUUGAGCUUCAAGAAACAAGGUCAAUAGUGAUUGGGUUUAUUACAAUCAGCAAAGCUUAUGCAACUGUAUGGAGUAGCAAAAAGCAACUCCUGAUUCAAGACAAACCAGUCUCACUCUUUAUCAAAUACUAGACACAGGCCAUCAUUAGCAUUUCAGUAUUUGGUUGUUUAAGUUUUAUUUAUUGUUGCGUUAUACAGCUAUUGUGCAUCUUAUCACAAGUUCACAACUCCAAAAUAUAAUUCAGUUGCUUUUGCUUCCCGGA